AUGCCUCAGAACGAGUAUAUCGAGCGCUUUACGAAGCAGCAUGGAAAGCGCUUCGAUCAUGACGAACGUCAACGGAAAAAGAUUGCCCGUGAAGGGCACAAUGCCUCGAAGAAGGCGCAAAACUUCCGUGGCCUGAGGGCUAAGUUGUACGCUGAGAAGCGUCGCAAGGAGAAGAUUCAGAUGAAGCAGAAGAUCCGCGCACACGAGGAGAGGAACGUCAAAUCCAACGAGGCACCCGAACCUGCCACCGACGCCCUGCCCGCCUACCUCCUAGACCGUAGCAACGAGAAGAACGCAAAAGCCCUAUCCUCAGCAAUCAAACAGAAGCGUAACGAGAAGGCCGCUCGGUUCUCCGUCCCCCUACCCAAAGUCAAGGGUAUCUCUGAGGAAGAGAUGUUCUCAGUCGUCAAGACCGGAAAGAAGACUAAGAAGAAGAGCUGGAAGCGUAUGAUCACCAAACCCACAUUCGUCGGACCAGGUUUCACCCGUCGCCCCGUCAAAUACGAGCGCUUCAUCAGGCCUAUGGGUCUGCGUUACAAGAAGGCCAACGUGACGCAUCCUGAGCUGAACGUCACGGUUCAAUUGCCGAUUAUUUCAGUAAAGAAGAACCCCCAACAGCCCAUGUACACGCAGCUCGGUGUGCUCACGAAAGGCACAAUCAUCGAAGUUAAUGUGUCUGAACUCGGUCUUGUAACCGCUGGAGGCAAGGUAGUCUGGGGUCGCUACGCGCAAAUUACCAACAACCCCGAGAAUGACGGUUGCUUGAACGCUGUUCUGCUCGUCUAA